AUUCUUUCCUUUAUUUCCCAAUGGAUUUGUAGAAAUCAACUAAAAAAAAGAUCAGUGCAAUUAAAAAGAAAAGUUUAAAUUGAGAAUAGCAGUAUCUGGAGAAAUCUGGGCAAAGUAGGAUCAGGAACCCAUUUUUCAUAGGAUUCAUACUUUGUGAUUCAUGUUAGAAUGAAUAUAUAUGACUGUGUAAGACCCUGUAGGUCACAUGAGCUGUCAGUUUGCUGCAAAUAUCUCUGACAAUCAUCACAAGAGAAUCUUGGAAUCCCUGACAUUUGAUGAUGUGGCCGUGGACUUCACCUGGGAGGAGUGGCAGCUCCUGGCCCCUGCUCAGAAGGGCCUGUACCGGGACGUGAUGUUGGAAAAUUAUAGGAACCUGGUGUCAGUGGGGUAUCAAGCCGGCAAACCAGAUGCACUGUCCAGGUUGGAGCGAGGAGAACUUUGGACGAGAGAAGAUGAAAUGCACAGUCAGAUCUGCCCAGAAAUCAGGAACGAUGAUUCUCUGCAAUGUCACUUGGAAAAUCGAAGCAAUCAGAAGAGUGUGGAACAAUGGUGUGAACAUAAUACAUUUGCAAAUAUUCUUAAUCAGAGUGAAAGUCAUUUCCUGUUAAAGCAAAAUGAUGAUAUAUUUGACUUAUGUGAAAAACCUUUAAAAUCCAAUUUACGUUUUGAAAACAGGGGUAUAAACUAUAACUCAAAGAACUCUGAGUUUAAUGAAGAUGCAAAAUCCCUUCUUCAUACUAACCAUGAACAAUUUUAUAGUGUAAUAAAAUUUCCUCUAAGUGUAAAACCCAUCAACAAUAAUUCGCAGGUCAUUAAACAGCAGAGAACUCACAACAUGCAGAAAGCCCAUGUAUGUGGUGACUGUGGGAAAGCCUUUGUCAAGGUGUCUCAGCUCAUUGAUCAUCACAGAGUUCAUACUCGAGAGAAACCUCAUGGAUGCAGUCUGUGUGGGAAGGCAUUCUCUAGAAAAUCCAGUCUAACUGAACACCAGAGAACUCAUACAGGACUGAAACACGAAUGUACUGAACGUGACAAAACGUUCCUCAAGAAAUCACAGUUCAGUUUACACCAGAAAACUCAUAUGGGACAGAAGCCUUAUACAUGUAACGAAUGUGGGAAAGCGUUCAUCAAGAAGUGUCGGCUUCUUUAUCAUCAGCGAACUCAUACAGGAGAGAAGCCCCAUGCAUGCAGUCUAUGUGAGAAAGCCUUCUCUACAAAGUUCAGUCUCGCUACACAUCAGAAAACUCAUACAGGAGAAAAACCUUAUAUAUGCAGUGGCUGUGGAAAAGGCUUCAUCGAGAAAAGGCGUCUUGUUGCACAUCAGCGAACUCAUACCGGUGAGAAACCUUUUAUAUGCAAUGAAUGUGGGAAAGGUUUCACCUUGAAGAACAGUCUUAUCACACAUCAGCAAACUCAUACAGAACAGAAAUUGUAUACGUGCAGUGAGUGUGGCAAAGGCUUCUCAGGGAAGCACUGUCUCAUCGUACAUCAGCGAUCUCAUACAGGAGAGAAACCCUACACAUGUAGUGAGUGUGGAAAAGGCUUCACCUUGAAGAGUCCUCUCAUCAGACAUCAGCGAACGCAUACAGGAGAGAAGCCCUAUGUGUGCAGUGUAUGUGGAAAAGGCUUUACCAUGAAGAGUGAUCUCAUUGUACACCAGCGAACUCAUACUGCAGAGAAGCCAUAUCUAUGCAAUGAUUGUGGGAAAGGCUUCGCUGUGAAGAACCGUCUGAUUGUACAUCAACGCACUCACACAGGAGAGAAACCUUAUAUAUGCAGCGAAUGUGGCAAAGGCUUUCCAGCAAAGAUACGGCUGAUUGGACAUCAACGAACUCAUACAGGGGAGAAGCCCUAUAUAUGCAACGAAUGUGGCAAAGGCUUCACAGAGAAGAGUCAUCUCAAUGUGCACAGGCGCACUCAUACAGGAGAGAAACCCUAUAUAUGUAACGAAUGUGGCAAAGGCUUAACUGGGAAAAGCAUGCUCAUUGCCCAUUUGCGAACUCAUACUGGGGAGAAACCGUAUAUAUGCAAUGAAUGUGGGAAAGGUUUCACCAUGAAGAGUACUCUGGGUAUACAUCAGCAAACUCACACUGGGGAGAAACCAUACAAAUGCAAUGAAUGCGAUAAAGCUUUCAGGAAGAAAACCUGCCUCAUACAACAUCAGAGAUGUCACACAGGAAAAACUUCCUUUGCGUGUCCUGAAUGUGGAAAAUUUUCUUUGCGUAAAAAUGACCUCAUUACCCAUCAGAGAAUUCACACAGGAGAGAAACCAUAUGAAUGCAGUGAAUGUGGGAAAGCCUUCACUACAAAGUCAGGGCUCAAUGUUCAUCAAAGAAAACAUACAGGAGAGAGGCCCUAUGGAUGCAGUGAUUGUGGGAAAGCUUUUGCCCACUUGUCAAUCCUUGUUAAACAUAAGAGAAUUCAUAGAUACGGCAAUUCACCUGUAACCCAGAAGGCUGACCCCCACCGUUUCAAUAAGAAUCAAGCGUCCCAACAUGGCCGCCCCCACAGCCACAACGAGCGGGCGCAGACAUAUUGGCUUCCUGGAACUAAAGCCAAGCAGUUGUUCGCCGUUCUUCAAAGGCUUCAGGUCCUCCUCGGCCGCCAUAGGCUGACAAGCGUUUGGACGACGUUCCCAGGAGUAGAAGCAGUUCGCGGAAGUGUUACGUUUAGACUCUCUUUUUGUUCCGGAGAAAAUCAGGCGAUGCGGAUCAUUUACGGUGAUCGCAGUGUCUGGUUCCAGUUGGUGUUUGAUUUGGGGCUCAGUAAUGUUGGGGCCCGGGUGGAUGCUCGUAACAUCGGGGUGUCUGGCCUGGGUUUCGGAUUAGUAAGCGGGUGUGUAAUGAGUGUCUGGUACACAGAGAUGCAUGUGAGGACCGCGGCUUUGGACGCCAAGGCCCCGGAGCUGGAGUUUCGAUUGAGGUUCCAACCUCGGCUGCUGGAACAGAAGGCUGCAGAGCUCAGAAGAAGAGAAACUAGAAGUAGAUCCAGGAGACACAAAGCCGAGUUUUCCCACUGCCAGCUGUUUCAGAGGCCAGAAAAAAUGAUCCAGGUCCAGGAAUCCCUGACAUUUGAUGAUGUGGCCGUGGACUUCACCUGGGACGAGUGGCAGCUCCUGGCCCCUGCCCAGAAGGACCUGUACCGGGACGUGAUGUUGGAGAACUAUAGGAACCUGGUGUCAGUGGGUUUUCACACUAGCAAACCCGAUGCGCUCUCCAAGUUGGAUCCAGGAGAACCAACAUGGACAGGAGAAGAUGACAUCCCCUGUCGUACCCUUUCAGGAAUCUGGAAACUUGACGAAUAUUUGCCAGAGCACUUACAAACUGAUAUCAUGGAGAAUAGCGUAGAACGAUGGCACAAAGAGGGAACAUUUGACAGUAAUGUUCGUCAGAGCACAGCUCGUUUUGUGUUAAGGCAAAAUCAUGAUAUGUGUGACUUACAUGGAAAAAUUACAAAACCAAACUUAACUUUACUUCACCAGAGCAGAAACUGUGAAAUAAAGAACCCUGCAGAUCUUACUGGAGAUGGGAAAUCCCUUCUGCAUGCUAACAAUGAACAAUUUCAUCCUAGAACUAAAUUCCCUGAAAGCAGGAAACUCAUCAGUACUAAGUCCCAAUUCAUCAAGCAUCAGAAAACACAAAAAAUAGACAAGCCUCAUGUAUGCAGUGAAUGUGGGAAAGCCUUCAUCAAGAAGUCCUGGCUCACUGAUCACCAGAUCAUUCAUACAGGAGAGAAACCCCACAGGUGUAGUCUGUGUGGGAAGGCGUUCUCCAGAAAGUUCAUGCUCACUGAACACCAGAGAACACAUACAGGAGAAAAACCUUAUGAAUGCUCUGAAUGUGGCAAAGCCUUCCUCAAGAAAUCACGGCUCAAUAUACAUCAGAAAACACACACAGGAGAGAAAUCCUAUAUAUGCAGUGAAUGUGGGAAAGGCUUCAUCCAGAAGGGCAAUCUCAUUGUGCAUCAGCGCAUCCAUACUGGAGAGAAACCUUACAUAUGCAGCGAGUGUGGGAAAGGCUUCAUCCAGAAGACAUGCCUGAUAGCACAUCAAAGAUUUCACACAGGAAAGACUCCCUUUGUGUGCAGUGAAUGUGGAAAAUCCUGUUCCCAGAAGUCAGGUCUCAUUAAACAUCAAAGAAUCCACACGGGAGAGAAACCCUUUGAAUGCAGUGAAUGUGGGAAAGCCUUUACCACAAAGCAAAAGCUCAUCGUCCAUCAAAGAACUCACACGGGCGAGAGACCCUAUAUCUGCAGUGAGUGUGGGAAAGCUUUUGCCUACAUGUCUUGCCUUGUUAAACAUAAGAGAAUACACACGAGAGAGAAAUGUGGAGACUCAGUCAAAGUGGAAAGUCCUCCCUCAGGGCAUCACAGCUUAUCACAGACCGGUGGUGCCACGCAGGGGAAAGCCCUUGUCAAUACUGUGACUGUGCAGGUGCCUUCUGUGGCUUGUCCGACGUCACUAAACAUCAGUGGGCUCUUAGCAAAUAGGAAUGUGGUCAUAGUGGGACAGCCUGCAGCCAGAUGUGCACCCUCAGGAGACAACAGAGGAUUUGCACAGGACAGAGACCUCAUGAAUGCAGUGAAUGUGGUCGUGCCUUCCGUGGUCAAUUAUGUCUUAUUUUAUGUCGCAGAAAACCAGUAGGAGAAAGCAGAGAAGGGUUGAGCAAACAUUUCUAGGCCAUAUUAUGGCUGAAAAGUAUAUCCUGCGAGGAACUGUUAUGAAUCCUGAGGGUGGGAAAGUUUGAGCUCAUCCUGUUAAAAAUAUGCCUUGAAACAGAGGCAUAAUCUGAUGUCAACCCAAAUACAUACGCCUCAGUUGCUGUAUGUGUCUGUCAAAGGAAUGAAGGAAUAUCAAGUUCAGUAAGUGGAGGAAAUAAAUUCAAUCAAGGCUAACCUUGGGUGGGCGGGGUAUGGGGCAUGUGUAUAUCAAUUCCGUUUUUGCAGGCCAAGGGGAAGGAGUAAUUGGAAACUGGGAUGUCUGCUGUGAACUCUUAGAAGGUUAUUUUCUACAGAGGCACUCAUGGAACAGCAGCCUUAGAAUGAGUCCGUUCAUUCAUUUACCGAGUAUUUGUUAAAUACUCCCUUUGUACUGGGUCCUGUUUGAGGAGGUGAGGAUUCAGUGGUGACCAAAACAAAAAGGCCAUGGUCUCCUGGGAGAGAGCACUGAGGUACCUGGAUUAUCUUUAAGUGGUACAUUUACACCAGCUAAUCUAGAAAGAGGAUGUAAAUAUCUAUUCUACGUGAAAUAGAUACCGUCUUGGUUCAUUCUGGUGGCUGUAAGAGCAUACUGUAGCCUGGAUGGCUUAUAAAAAGAGAAAUUUAUUUAAAAGAAAAAGAAGUGCGGAGUUCUUACAUAAUGAAAGUUUCAGAAUGUUCUAAAUUACACACGAGAAGUCUUGAAUAAAUAAUGAAAGAAAAAAGUUAUUUCUGUUUUGGAAGCUGCAAGGUCGAAGAUAAAGGUGGUGGGAGAUUUGGUGUCUGCUGAAGGUCUGCUUCCUGGCUCGGGGAAGGCAGUCAUCUCACUGUGUCCUCACAUAGGGGAAGGGGAGAGCCAUUCUCUGGGAUGUCCUACCAGGGCACUAAUCCCAUUCGCGUGUGUUCUACCAUCAUGACCUAAUCACCUCUCAAGGGCCCACUUCUUAGUACCAUCAUAUCUGGGAUUAGGAUUCAAUAUAUGAAUUUGGGGGAGGGGACACAAACAGUCCAGAGAAGAUAAUGGAGUACGGAAGUCCCCUCUUAUGUGUGGGGUGUAUGUUCUAAGACCCCCCAGUGGAUGCCUGAAGCUAGGCAAGCACUGAACCCUAUCCUAUAUACAGUAUGUUUUUUCUUAUACAGGCACACCUCUGGUGAAGUCGAAUUUAUAAAUUAAUCAUAGUCAGAAUUAACACCAAAACCAGUAAUAAAAUAGAACAAGUAUAACAAUACCCUGUAAUAAAAGUUAUGUGAAUGUGGUCUCUCUCAAAACA